AUGAAAAAUUGCACUCUGCUCAAACAACUCCAACUCAACACUCACACACACAUCCUGGAUCUCAUUUACAAGACUUCAUCUAAACAUCAUCUAUCAGAAUUAUAGACUCAAUAGAUUUCCCAGUAUUACAAACAACCACCUUCCAUCAACUCAUUUCAAGAACUGUAUUCUCUCAGCUUGUUGCGAUGUGACUGUGUCAAAUACCUCUAAAUUGUAGAUGAAAUCAAUGAUCAGAUUCACGCCUUCUUUUAGACUCAGACCCCUGUUAUUCAAAAGAUCCUCGCCUUAGAAAGGAAACCCUAACCCGACCCAGAACCCAUGUAAAUAGAAGAUGACGAAGAACAAAAUAACAUGAAUAAUCAAGAUGAUCAAAUAUAGCAAUAAUAAUAACAAUAACAAUAACAAGAUGAUCCUCAAUAACUAUAACCAUCACAAUAAACCAAUGUACCCUGUUCCUAACAAUAAUAACCAGUCUAUACGCAAUAAACCACUUAACCAUCUCAAACUAUAGAAGAUGAAAUUUGCAUUCCCAAUUCUGUCAAAUUAAAGUACAGAAGAAUAAAUACCGGACCAUCUGAAAAGGAAGCCAGAUGCGAGAAUUGCGUAUGUCAAGGUAAACCAGCAAAUGAAACAGAAAAUUUAAUACAAUGCCUUUUAUGCCUAAAUUACUUACAUUUCAACUGUAUUGCCAAAUCCAAAGAAUCCUUUGACAAAUGUUACAAAGACCAAGAAUUUGUGUGUCCCCCUUGUGUUCUCAAAUAUAUGGAUCAUUUCAACAAAAUAUAGAGUUCCUUAGUUCCACCUUCCCCCUUCCAACAAAUGGGUUAAAUCAAUCACAAAGCAUUCAACUUCACAUGCGAUCAAACCAUCAUCAAUAUCAGGUGUGUGAGAUAAGAGAGUAAAAUCAAUUGCGAAGAAAUCACUUGGCCUGACAUUGGAGAACUAUUCCUAAACCAAAAGAAAAUCCAAGAUUUCAAACCACUCAUUAAUAAUCACAGUCUCAAAAAGCGUAAAGACGAUCACAUUCUUACUACUGAAGUGCUCCCAUAGAAUUGUUUGUAAAUCAAAGAAUGCAUCCCAACUCCCGAUCAGAGAAGUCAAUAUCGAAUAUCCUUGGGUCACUUGUAUUUCCUGGGUGUAUAUUCCAUAGAGUAAUUCAAUUCAAAGUAGUUACUUGACAACAUCUUCAAUAAUAGUGAAAAUUGGAUGAAUAUCGAAUAAUGCCAGGAUUUCAUCUCUCUUUACCUGAACAAACAUUAAGCUGAUGAUAUUAAAGUAGAUAGCCUCACUGUUUAAUUGACAUGUGCAAUCACCUUUAAUUUGAUGAAUACACCAAUAAGAGGGUCUUUAUGUUAACAUAUCUAAUGUUUUGGAUUGGAAAACUACAUCACAGCCAUGUACUCUAUGCAACCCAGAAAGUGGAGGUGUCCCAUAUGUAAGAAGAAACUCUUCACUAUUUAGAUUGAUGCGUAUCAAUAUGCAAUCUUAAACACAAUCAAAAAGUGUGAUCUACAAGUGAAUGAAAUCACAUUUGACAACAAUGGUCAAAUAGCCAAUGAAAACAUUCAAAAAUUGUUGAAUCUAGAUAAUCUGCCUAACUAUGGUAUUAAGAAUAACAAUCGUAUGAUAAACCUAGAGAUGUUGUCCAAUGAUACCAAUAAUAUCUACUAUAAGUUGUAGAUCGUCAAAACCAAGGAGACUGUCAACCCUUCACCUUAUUAAAACACCUUAUAACAUGUAAUUAAUAAUAUGAUGUUGUCAUCCAAUUAGCAUCUAAGGAGCAAUAGUUAUGCAAACUUCUAUGCCAAUAAUUAUUACAUAAAUUAAAUGAAGAUACAAUAAUAAGCAAGAAUGGAAGACCAACAAAAACUAUAAUCAAAUAAAUCAAAGAUUGGACAAAAUCAUGACUCAGCCAUUAUUAUAGAAUGA